AUGCAUGUCUACGCAGACCUUCAGUCAUACGUCUGUACUCAUGCGGAAUGCAAAGAUGCCUAUCGAACAUUUCCAACUCGGAGACACUGGGCCGAUCGCGAAUUUGAUGUGCAUCAGACUCAAUCACAAUGGUAUUGCUCCAAGUGCGAUACUAUCGAGUCUACUCAAUAUUUGUUUAAGAUCCAUCUGGAGACGAGUCAUGGUAUCAGGCUAAGUGGUCACCUCUUGGCGGCAGCAAUCUCACAAGCAGAAGGAACUACUUUAAGCUCCGACUCUAUGAACCGCAAAUGUGAUAUCUGUUCCCAACACAGCUGGACUACAAGAAAGGGGUAUAUUACUCAUAUGGGUCAACACCUGGAAGAAAUCUCACUGGCAUGUCUCCCAAGAGAUCCGGAGGAUAGCAGUGACGAUGGACUAGAUGCCGAUAGCUCCCCCGAAUCUAAUGCCUGUUUUCCUUCAGAGGGACAAUCUGAGCAGCCUAGUCCAGAUUUCGCCAUUCAGACACUUGCCACUCGGACAGCUACUGGCCCAGAGCUCAAGAGCCUGAUGCGAGUUGAUGCUUCUAGCCAGGCUUCGCAAAAGCAAUUCCAUGCUUUCCAAGCUCGCAUCGACGAGCCCAAUGCGAAAUUUCAAUUGAGUGAGCAACAGGAGCACGAAGAAGAAUAUGUGCCUUGUGCACCAGCACAGCCGCCGACGUAUCCAGCAUCCAGCCCUUCUGGUUGCGAGAAAUCCAUGUCAUUUCCAGACAACAAUGACUUACCUUCCGAAGAUAACAACGAACAUAGUGAGCUUCUCAGCCGAAUCCAGUCCGCUAUACCGGAUAUCAAUCACUUGCUGAGGGGAUCCCAAGAUACCUAUAGCCACGAUGCCGAGUUAAAGACAAUCCUAAGUCAACGUGAACAUGCUCUGACGCACAAAGGAUUUUAUAUUGAAGCUCUACAGUCUCAGAUGAAGAAAGCAGCCACCGAAAGCGCCGGAGAAAGUCGCAGAUUGAGAAAUACUAUCAAGGAGCUCCGGUCCAAGGUGAAGGAUCUUCAAGACAGCAAUGUCAAGGGACAUACUGGCUCUAAGAAGUCUACGAUACCGCCCGGUAACGAUGAGUUACCUACCAACAAUGACUUACCUUCCAACAAUGACUUACCUUCCGAAGAUAACAACGAACAAAGUGAGCUUCUCAGCCGAAUCCAGUCCGCUAUACCGGAUAUCAAUCACUUGCUGAGGGGAUCCCAAGACACCUAUAGCCACGAUGCCGACUUAAAGACAAUCCUAAGUCAACAUGCACAAGCUCUGAUGCACAUGGAUUAUUUUAUUGAAGAUCUGCUGUCUCAGAUGAAGAAAGCAGCCACCGAAAGCUCCGAAGAAAGCCACAAAUUGAGAAAUACUAUCAACAAGCUCCGGUUCGAGAUAAAGAAUCUUCAAGAGGAGCGAAACGAUCUAUAA